AUGAGCUUGUCAGAAAAUAUCCAGUUUGUGUCGACAUUAGUACGCAAACCAAGAAUGACGAUCAAAAAUUAUGUAAUAAUAAUGCUGGUCAGUUUUGCAUGAGUGAAAAUGCGUAUGUUAAUCUCCUUAAUAAGGUUGCCGAAGUGCGCAACGAUACGGCUCAUUCCAUUAGUCAACCUCGCAUAAAUAAAAACGUUAAUGCGAAUUCCUCUAAGCAUUUGGUCGCAUGUCCAUUCUUAUUAAAGAAAGGACAUUGUUUAAAGGGAUCAAGAUGUGAUUUUUCUCACAAUAUUAGCCAAAGUCGCUUAAGUAAAAAGGCAAGCGUGAAUCCCCCUAAAGAAGUCAACCACACUUUUCGAAGUAGAUAUAAUCCAGAAGCACCGCAUCAACAAUUUCAUAAGAAUAAGUACAACAACCGGUGUAUACGUAAAGGCCAGAACUUUAAGCGACCAGUUAUCCAUCGCAAUAAUCCAAUUACGCCCCAUUUUCGAUGGUACCAGACCAAUUACCAUCCCCCACUACGAUCCGAGAGACUAACACAAAGUUUAGAAUGGGAAACAUACUCAGACUUUGUCCAUCAAAUGACAACGCCCUAUAUGCAUGGUAGACAAAAACUGACACAGUUUUCUAACCGAAAGUUCUCCGACCAUCUACCCGAUCAAGGUG